CAAAACAAUCUAACACGAAGAUCUAAAUGACAAAGGACAAACACAGAUAGAGGUAGGUACUUUCAAUAUAAAAUGUACCUAUUUUUUGAAAAGUCCUACGGAUGAAACUACAAUAAUGGGCGAUAACACGUCAUUAUAUUGUGUUACAAUACCUACAUGGAUAUCUAUACUAUCAGUGCUUUUGUGCUUUUAUAAAGAGUGAUUUUAGUGGUCAUCGUCCAUACGAGUUAUUUUCGAUUUAUAUAUUUUGUAUUAUAUUAUGACGCGAUGACGAUGACGUUGUGAACGCAAAGCAUCGGUCACCGAGGGCGCAUCGGCGCUGCUUGCCGACGACAGGCGUCCCUGUGGGCGGCGCGGUUGGUCGUGGCGGUGACGGUGGUGGUACCCGCGGUCAAGACCUAGUCGUAAUUAUGGUACAAAAAAAAUAAAAGUAGGCACACAUACACAUGUACACACACAAACACACGCGUACACACCCUCCUAGUCAGUGUUCGUCCGGCACCGUUGGGCGCCGAUUGUCCGCCGAAGCACGUACCUAACAGUUAUAUUAUUAUUACGGUAUCCGGUAGUUAAACAAGUAAUAACAACAAUAACCACAGUGUUCUCACAAAGGACCCGACCACACCGCCUUUGUUUUGCGAUCCGCUUCCGUGUCGGCCACAACGCUAUCCAUAGUAUCGUUAUCUGCUGCAGCGGCGGCGUCUGGACAUGUGCGACCCCAGCGAUCCCGGUUAAACUCGACUCACACGCCGGCGUGCGCCCACCCGACCACGAUAGAACAACGGCCGACUAUAGUUGCUGUUUACGCGUAUACAGGGCGACCGUAGACGUGAUGCCUGCGGUCAGCGAGUCGUGCCGUCCGAAUUGAAACCCGGCGAAUGGGACUAUGGGAAUUUGUCUGGACACAGACAAAAUUCCCGAUGACGAGCAUUUUAAAAACGGUUCCAAAGAUAGACAAAGUUGGGAAGCAGACGAUAUCGACGAUACAAACAGAAAUGAUACUGGAAUGUUUGCGUACACAAACGGCCAUGUGAAAUUUGACACACCAAAAGUUCCAGUAAUUUUUGUACUCGGUGGACCUGGAAGUGGCAAGGUCACACACUGCGACAACUUGAUGAUAGAAAAGCGUGGUAUUGUGCAUAUUAACAUGACCGACUUACUACAACAGUAUACUGUUGGAAACGAUAUGGAAGACUUCAGCAAACUCUCCAGUAAAACGGUCACUGAAGUAUUGAUGUUGGAGUUGAAAAUGUCUCCUGCAGCCAAAACUUUUUUGGUAUCGGGAUUCCCAAGAAAUAUGCGCGAUGUAGUUGAAUACACAAAUAAGAUCAAAGUCGUAAAUGGAGUUAUUCUGAUAUCGUGGAAUCAAAAUGUGCUGGAACGCCAAAUCGAUUACGGAGCAAAGUUAGGGCAUGUCGUCUUGAGUCUGGCCAGGAUGGAGUUGAACAACUUCUACAAAAACGUUACUCCAGUGUCAGACUUUUACGACCAGAGGGGAAUGCUCAUUUCGGUGAAUGGCGAGCGGAGUCCGACUGAAGUGUAUAACGACUUCCGGUCCUCGGUACUGCAAAUAUUGAGCGCCCACAAGAGUCCGGCACCGGUAGCAGUGGCCAACGGUACCGUGCCCGUGGACAACCGGGGUACCGGACAACCGGAAGUAGACGUCGAGCGCCCGAGCAGCCACCGCACCAUCGAUCUCGUGUCGGAAGCACGGGCCACGGACCUCGUCUCGGAACCACGGGCUACGGACCUCGUCUCGGAACCGGAAACGUUUCCACGAACCAUUUGCGUUGUGGGUGGCCCCGGCAGCAACAAGAGUUCAUUGUGCCAAAAAGUACUCAGGGCCAACGCCGGCUGGGGGCAUGUUAGCGUUGGACCUUUAAUGAGGUCACUGGCGUCGUCCUUAGAUCCGCUACAAGAGACGAUCAGCAGUGGAUAUAUCCUCGAAGAGUCGAUCGUUCACGAAAUAUUAGAUAAAGAGUUACUCAAGUAUAAAAAUGCAGAGGGUAUCGUGAUCGAUGGUUAUCCAAGAAAUAUUGGACAGCUCAACUAUUUUGAAAAAAAGUAUGCUCAACGGCCGAAGUUGAUACUAUUGGAUUGCUCAAAGUUGCAGUUAGGUCGCGGAAGGCUAGACGACAGUGUGUCGGCGUUUCGCCGGCGUCUGCAGAGUUUCCGCGAACAAACUCUACCGAUGCUCAAGGCACUGGAUAAAGAUAACCGCUUAGUCGUAGUGGACGGUAACACCGACGACAAGCGAGUACAAGAUAUGUUCAUCGGCACACUGGUGGAGACGAUGAAAGGCGAGAACUUUCCAGUUUUCCACCGGGACGACGACUACCACGGUGACGACGUCGACACCGAUAUCCGACAAGUCAACCAGGAAAAGCGAACCCCGGUGGCAGGGCACGUGGUUUCUGGGCCGGCGAUUCCACGUCAAAACGGUCAUUUACCGAACGACACCAAUGAAGACAACAAUAAUCGGGAACAGAAUUUGCGUUACGAUGUGCGGAACAUGUACGCUCAAAUAGGAUCAUAUGCAAAUGACCCCACGCUGUAAAACGUUUAAACCAGUGGGGUGGUGAAGGGGUGAUCGAGAUCCGGCUGCCUCUGAGUUUCCUAAGAGGUGGUGAGCGGGUAAUAUUGCCAGCAAUUAUAGGUGAUCAUUUAUAGUAUCAACUAUAGUACCUACCUAUAUUUUAGUAAUAACUAUCUACGACUGGUAUAGUUAAAAAUGUGACAGCGGUGAACGCACCUUCAUCGGGUUACUGGUGCUGCAGGGAAGGGGUGAAAUAUGAUGGACUAACCUAGUGAUGAUCAAAACAAGACCAAGACCAAGACUAAAAAAAAACUAAAUACCUGUUAUAGUGUUAUUAUAGCUGUGUGUAGGUUUUUUGCUAUGAUCUCUAAGAUGAAAC